GCCUGCGUGGGGGCGGCCGCGCGCGGGAGCGGUGCGCACGCGCGCUGCGGAGCCCCGCGCUCUUUUUCGCUCGGGGUGAGGGCGAGCGGCGCGAAUUCCUGCGGUGGCGCAUGCGCAGAUGGGGCGGGGCCGGCGUACGGCGGCCGAGUGGGGCCGUUCCUCCCUCGCCUUUUGUCCGGCGGGGGCGGCCCGCGGGAGCCCAGCGCACAGGGGUGGAUCCCUCCCCUCCAGGGAAGAUGGGCUCCAAGCAGAUCGCCCAGGAGACGUUCGACGAGGCGGUGCAGGAGAACAUCACCGAGUUCGAGAUGGAGCCCGAGGAGGCCGUGAGGGAGGCGGUGCUGCAGUUCGAGUCCCAAGGUGUGGACCUGAGCAAUAUUGUGAAGGCUGUGCGACCUCCUGCCUCUGAGAACGGGCAGAGGCAAAAGCAUCAAAUCCUGCAGACCCUGGAUCUCCUGAGCAGAGCCGUGGCAGAGCCGGCCCUGGCCGAGCUGCCCCAGCUGCUCUCCUCCUUCGCGGCGCAGUGCAGGGAGCAGCUCGCCUUCCGCUACCUGGCCGGCCGCAACGGCGCCUACCCCGUGGUGCUCUGUGCCUGCCAGCUGGCCUCAGCAGACAGGGAUUUACUGCUCCACGCCCUCUCCACGCUGUCCGCCCUGCUGGACGGGCAGCCGGACCUGCUGGACGCGGCCGGGCGGGAGCUGCUGCUGCGCAGCCUGCGGGAGCGGCGGGAGGACGCGGAGGCGACGCUGAGCGCGCUGCGCUGCGUGCGCCACGCCUGCCUCAAGCACGAGGGGAACCGGCAGGGCCUGGCGCAGGCCGGCGUGCUGCCCCUGCUCACCGGGGCCAUCCUCCGGCACGGCCGCAGCGCCGACGUGGUCAAGGCGGCGGCGGCGGCGCUCAGGGUCAUGACUUUCGACGACGACAUCCGAGUGCCCUUCGGGCACGCCCACGACCACGCCAAGAUGAUCGUGCUGGAGAACGACGGGUUGAGAGUGCUCAUCGAGGCUGCAAAAGCCUUCCCGGAUAACCCGGGGGUCCUGAGCGAGCUCUGUGCCACCCUGUCCCGCCUCUGUGUCAGGAACGAGUUCUGCCAGGACAUCGUGGACCUGGGGGGCCUCAAUUUCCUGGUGACACUGCUGGGUGACUGCAGGGAGCACCCGGACGUGGUGAGGCAGGUGCUCGGCACCAUCCGCGCCGUGGCCGGCAACGACAACGUCAAGGACGCCCUCGUGGACGCCGGGGCCACCGAGCUCAUCGUGGUGGCCAUCAGCCAGCACCUGGGCAACCCUCAGAUCUGCGAGCAGGGCUGUGCAGCCCUGUGCAUGCUGGCCCUGCGCAAGCCCCAGAGCUGCAGCGUCAUCGUGGAGGGCGGCGGCGCCCUGGCGGCCCUGCAGGCCAUGAGGGCUCACCCACGGGAGGUGGCUGUGCAGAAGCAGGCCUGCAUGCUGAUCCGGAACCUGGUGUCGCGCAGCCGCGCCCUGUCCCGGCCCAUCCUGGAGAUGGGCGCCGAGAGCCUGAUCUGCGAGGCCAGGGCGGCGCACAGGGACUGCGACGACGUGGCCAGGGCUGCCCUCAGGGACCUGGGCUGCGCCGUGGAGCUGCGGGAGCUGUGGACGGGCCAGAAGGGCGGCCUGGCUCAGUGAAUUCCACCCCUGCAACCUCGCUGUGCACGGGCCAGAAGGGCAGCCUGGCUCAGUGAAUUCCACCCCUGCAACCUCGCUGUGGACGGGCCAGAAGGGCGGCCUGGCUCAGUGAAUUCCACCCCUGCAACCUCGUGGGAGGAGCUGCCAGCACAGAAACAACGCCUGGCUGGGAUAUCCGAAGCGAACGCCCGGCUUGGGAGGCUGCAGGGAACUUUCUUUUCCCCGUCCUCGGGAGCUACAGCUGCAAAUGGCUUUCUGCAUCCACGGGCUGCAUGAUCUGCUCUGUGUAGUGAUCAUUCCCUGGCUCAUCUCACGGCUGAAGAUGAUCUGCUCCCCCUGGCAGUGCUCAGGACGGGGCUGUCCCCGCUGCUCUGACAGCACGAGGGGCUCUCUCCUGCCCAGAGUUUGGCUGCUGGUCCCAGUUUGUCCCCCUGGUCAGGGGCAGGAUGAGGAGGAAUCUCGCAGCGUUUGUGAAUUCUCCUUCCGUCCCGUUCCCUGUUCUUUUACUGCUCACCCCACUCCUGUGUCGCUGCUGUGUUUGGGAUUUUUCCGCCAGCGUAACGUCUGAAACAACAACAAACAAAAGGCUGAGGAUUUGGGAUAACACCCAAAGGAACCGUUGGCAUCCAGGAGGAAGGUUUGUGUUGUCCCUCAGUGAGGGGAGCAGGCAGGGGCUGGCAGUGAUGGGGGGAUUCCAGAGUGGGGGAAUCUGUCACCUCCUGGGGUGGAUCCAGGAGUGCUCUGACUGCACUGAAGCGGCCAAGAGCCUCACGGACUGAGGCAGAACUGUGGAUUUGUGGGCAGAGCAGGCCCAGAAAGGCUCUGGAGUCUCAGCUCGGGGCUGUUGUGGUGCUGAGCCUCCCUCCUGCGCCGCUGCCCGCCGCUGGUUUUGUGAGUGGAUGUUUUUAAUGUCACAUUCUCUGUAGAAACAGUGACCUUAUAAACCAUACAAACCUUC